UCGUACACGUCUUGGUAUAAAUAGAGGCAGCAGUCAAGUGAUGAGCAUCAGUUGCCAUCACUACUGCACCAUGAACACUAAGGUACUUCUCUUGCUGGCUGUGGUGGCCGUCGCUGCCGCAGACAAACUCCCCACGUCAUAUGGUGCACCACCGGCCUCCUCUGAGGAGCAUGAGCCAGCCAAGUAUGAGUUCGAGUGGUCAGUAGAAGACGAAGAAUCCGGCAACGACUUCGGUCACCAGGAGAGCCGUGAUGGUGACCACACCCAGGGGUCGUACUACGCGCACCUUCCCGACGGUCGUCUGCAGACUGUGACUUACUACGUGGAGGGUGACUCAGGCUACGUGGCCGAUGUCAAAUACGAGGGUGAGGCUCAAUACCCCGAGUCUGAUGAGUCCAGCGGAUAUAUCCCACCAAGUCCCAGAUACUUCUCCCCGGCAUCUCAUGAGUCUCAGGAGUCCGAUUCACCCAGCCACCACGCAUCAGAGGAGUCUCUGGAGUCCGACCCAAGCCCCCCAGUCUCCGCUCCUGUGUCUGAGGAAGAGUCUGAGGAGAUCCAAGCACCCAUUUCCCUGUACACAAUUCCUUAAGUGAGUGAAGCUUCCACCACCAGCUCCUGUACCCCCCACCACCGUUACAAAGCGACAAUGACUCCUACAAUAUCUCUGCUAUGUACCUCUGUUUAUAUCCUCUCACGUAGUUGAGGUUAUACGCCAUACUGUUGCCAUUGCUGAUUUUCUUUUCUGUAUUGCUUAGUUUUGAGUGUGAAUGUUGUUAUUCAUUAAAUUAUGUUCAAAUAAUAA